CAGUUGAUAUAAACACUUAUCGGAAAGCCAGACAGACAUUAGUAUAUAAGCUGCCGAAGGUUGUAAUCUGCGCUCUGUCUAAUCGAUUACUCGAUUAUUCUCCGAUCGUUAUAACUUACGACUAAUCUUGAGACGAAUACUUAAUUGAAUUCUGACGGCAAAAUGUCCGAAGUUAACGACGAUUAUCAGAUUUUAUACCAAUUAAAAUAUGAAGGGGAGAUUCCCGUGACAAAAUAUCAAUCGAAAAAGACGGGAUUGAAGAUAUGUAUUUUUGAAAUGGAAAGACCUAUCGUUAGUGGUUUCUUUACUUUUGCUACUGAAACACAUGACGAUGAUGGUUUACCUCAUACUCUGGAACAUCUCACAUUUAUGGGUAGUGAAUUAUAUCCUUUUAAGGGUAUCUUGGACCAAUUAGCAAAUCGAUGUCUGUCUUCUGGUGCAUAUGCUUACACUGCGAUCGACCACACAACUUAUAUUGUAAAUACUAUUGGACCUGAAGGAUUUUUGAACUUGCUACCUAUUUAUAUGGAUCAUUUGCUAUAUCCACUUCUGACUGAUGAAGCAUUCGUAACAGAAAUACAUCAUAUUAAUGGUGAAGGAAAAGAUGCAGGUGUUUUAUACUGUGAAAUGGAAUAUUAUGAAAACUGUAGUGGUAAUCAAUGUUAUAGAGAAAUGUAUAAAGAGGUAUACCCAGGAAAAUGUGGCUAUAAGUCUGAGGAAGGUGGACGAUUAAAAAAUUUGAGAGAAAGUACCACUAAUGAAAAGGUAAAAGAAUAUCACCGUCAGUUUUACAGAAUUGAAAAUCUUUGCAUAACAAUAACCGGAAAACUAAAUGUUUCUGACGUAUUUAAAGCCCUUUCUCCUAUAGAAGAAAAAAUAAUUCAAAAAGGUCGUCUUCCUGAAUUUAUUCGUCCAUGGCAAAGUCCCAUCCCUCCUCUUACAAAGCCAGUUGUAAAAACUGUGCCUUAUCUUUGUGAUAAUUCUGAAAAUGGAAUUAUUGAAAUAGCAUGGAGAGGACCACUUUUAAAUGAAAUUGAAGAAUGCGAAGCAGUUGAAUUACUUCUGGAUUAUCUCGACGAGACUUCAGCUUCCCCAUUACAAAGAGAAUUUGUACAAAUUGAAGAACCAUAUUGUAGUGAUGUUUAUUCUUAUUUACUUUCGUACUCAGAAACACUUCUUAUCAUGCAUUUUGACUGUGUUAGCAAAGCUCAAUUAAAUAAUAUUAAAUCAAAAUUAUUAGAAAUUCUUACCAAAUUAGCAACUGGAGAGGAAGAGUUUGAUAUGAAAAGAAUCUCGACGAUGUUACAUAAUUUGAAAUUAAAUACAUUAAAUAAUAUAGAGAAAAAAUGUUGUUACAGAUUUGCUCAUAUAGUAACUGUGGAUUUUCUUUAUGGUAAAUCGACAGAUGAGUUGGAAAAGAAAAUGCAAAGUAUUCAUCUGUAUAAUGAAUUAGAAAAGAAAGACAUGAAAUAUUGGCAGAAUCUUUUAAAGAAAUAUCUGCUGGUUGAAAAUAAUGUUACAAUUAUUGGAGAACCUAGACCUGAAUUAAAAGAAAAAUCGAUGAAAGAUGAAGAAUUGAGAAUUUCUAAGCAAAAAGAAAUUUUAGGAGAAGAAGGUUUGAAAGCUAAAGAAGAAUUACUCCAAGCUGCAAAGAAAAAGAAUGAUAUAAAACCUCCAAAGGAAUUACUUCAGUCAAUACCUAUUCCUUCAUUUGAUAAAGUAGAAUUUCAAUCUAUUAGAAGAUUAACUAAUUGUAAGGAAGAUCCAACUUUCGAUCAAAUGUUACAGGAAAUGCCAUGUUCUUUUCAUCUUGAUGACGUAAACACAAAAUUUGUAACAAUGUGGAUGAUAAUGGAUACGGCUUCGAUUCCACUGAAAUUACGUUAUUACCUUCCGCUUUUUUUAAAAUUGAUAAUGGAAUUACCCGUUGAGAGAAAUGGGAAAUUAAUACCCUAUGAAGAAGUUGUCACUGAACUGAAUGCCGAUAUUCUGGAGAAAUCAUAUAUUAUUGGAAUUAUUGGAUGCUCUGUUUAUGAUCCUAGACUCUUUGCUCAACUGAUCACUUUAUAUUUUAAAGUAGAAGAAGAAAAGUAUCAAAAAGGGAUUCAGUGGAUUCACGAAUUGCUCUACAAAACCAAAUUUACUGCGGACCGUAUUCAAGUUUAUGUUAAAAGGAUGCUAAAAAGAAUUACCAGAUGUAAAGAACUUGGAUUUUGCGUAAUGCGUUGUCUUGAAAGUAACAUCAUGUUCAAAGAAGACAGUAAUCAAGCAUGCUGUAGUAUGUUAAAACAAAACACUUUUCUUAAAAAAGUCCAGAAACUUCUGGAAUUAAAUCCAGAUGAGGUUAUCAAUGAUUUAGAGGAACUAAGAAGCAAGUUGAUACAACCUGAUAAUAUUCUAGUACAUAUGACAGCUAAUCUAAACAGUCUUGGAGAAAAUUCACUUUCUCAUUGGAAGAAUUUAAUGGAAAGUCCUGCAAUAAAGCCAUUUUUAAGGCAUAAAAUAAUGGACCCUUCCGAAUAUUUAUUUCCACUACCGACUCAGAGUUGUAUUACAGCCGUUGGAUCUGCAGAUUCGUCGUUCUUGAUUCAGGCAACAAGAUGCAUAAAUUCGUGUAAACAUCCAGAUUAUCCUGCAUUAUCAGUUUUAUUAAAAUAUCUCAACCAAGCAGAGGGUCCGCUGUGGCGUAUAAUAAGAGGCUUGGGACGAUCCUAUUAUUUUGGAAUUACGUUGCACGUAGAUUAUGGAUUGAUCACUUUUGAUUUAUAUCACUGUGCUGCUAUGGUUACUGCAUUUAAAGAAACAAAAAAGUACAUUGAUGAUCUUUUAAAUGGAAAAGAAGAAUGGGAUCAGUUGUUAUUGGAAAGUAGUCGUAGUUCUCUGGUGUAUGAUAUUAUUGCGCGAAAUGAGGAAUCUGUACAAAAUAUUGCAUUUCGUUCUUUGAUUUGUUAUUAUAGAGAUACUGAUUUGGAUUUUACACGGAAAACUUUAUUGAAUCAGAUAUUUAAGAUAAAUAUAGAAGAUCUACAGUCUGUUGCAACCAAAUAUUUGCUACCUUUAUUUGAUCCGACUACAUCUUCCUGCGGAAUCUGUUGUUGUAGUUCAAAAAUUGAAGAAAUCGUCUCCGGAUUUAAAGAAAUGGAUCGUAACUUGAAUGUAAUAGACAAUUUAGAUGAUUGUUUGUUUUCUCAAAUACAAGAUGAGAGUUCCUCAAAGGAGUAUUGAUAUUAUUAAAUUUAAAAUGAUUAUGUUUACAAAAUAUAUGAUGGAAUUUGCUGAAUUAG